CAAAACCUCUAAUCCAAUCCAAUCCAAUCUGCCUCUCACUUCUCACAGGAAACACACAUCCAAUCUUUAAAAUAGUCCCCCCAUUACCCACCUGGUCCUCACUUGAUUACAGGAGAAUUGCAUUACAAUAGAGUGUUGAAGUAUUACUCGAAAGAGCUGGUAGGGUUGGUUGUUUAACGAUGAGGCUGAGAGGUUGCAGCACUUCUCAUUUUAUCUGGACCGUACAAGAUGGGGUGGUGAAAAAAGUUCACAAUACAGAUGCCCGUGGCAAACCAGCUCUCAAGCUUAAGAAGCUAGAAGAUGUAUAUCAAUAUGCUGGAUCUACACCCCCUCCAUUUGCAGAGAGACCAACAAAUGGUUUUGUUGCCGAGGAGGUUAAACUAGAGUUCCCGUCAAAUAAAGACGGUGCAGAGGAAAUUACUUUAUCACAGCUCAGGAAAAAGUGUAGAAGAAAGAAAAGAAAGGCUUCUGAGUCCGUUGUUUUGAUUCCGAAGAUAGAGGAUGAUGAUCCUGAUCUGAAUGAACCAUUGUGUAAAUUAAAAGUAAAAGUUUCUAAGAUUUCACGGUCCAAGAAAAGGAGGGUUAAUGGAAGCUCCCCGUCAUCUUCUGUUAAAGAUUAUGCAAUUGUUACUGUCAAGGUUGAAGUUCCUGAAGCUGAGUAUUUUGAAUGCAGGGAGUUGACUCACAUGGGUGACUCUUUAAGUUGUAAUGGGUCUGUAUCUGAACCUGUCAAUCAUGUACCGGCAUGCAGGGAAUUGAUAUUAUUCACUAAUGAAGGGAAAGUAUGUGGCUUUAAUGAAGUUUCAUAUCAACAUUUGGAGAACAUGGAUUUGGAUGAUGUGGAAAUUAAGCCAAAUGCUCUCCUGCUUUUACAAGGAUCUGAAAUGGAUGAAGAAGAUGAUGUUAAUCAGUCAUCUAUAACUUUAAUCUCUCUAGAAGAAAAUUGUUCGCUUGAAGAUCUGACGGCAACCGCAUCUGAUUUUGAAUGCAGGGAGCUAACUCACAUGGGUGAGGACUCUCUAAGCUGUAAUGGGUCUGGAUUUCUGUCUGUCAAUCUUGAAUUAGAGAGCAAUGAAUCAAGAUCUUUCAGAAAUGAAGGGGAAUUAUGUAGUCUUGAUGAUGUUUCACAUCAAAAUUCGGAGAUGGAUUUGGAUGAUGAGGAAUUUAUGCCAAGUUCUUCCAUGCCUUCACAAAUAUCUGAAGUGGACGAAGAAGAAUGUGUCCAACAGUCACAACCAAUUGUAAGCUCCCCAUCAUAUAGCUCGUCUUUUGAAGAUCUAACGGCAUCCAUGUCUGAUUGCUCUCAAGGUCAACUCUACCUUCAACAUGCACCCGAGCAAGUCUACUACAUCUGUGAUGUUCAAGCUUCAGAAAUAACAGUUGAUGAUGACAAUUGUUAUCUGGAUCCUGGUCAGUCAAGUGACUUGUCUGUGGGUGAUCCUAGAAAUCAAGAAUAUGAUUCUCCGAGCCUGAUGCCUGAUUACUUGUGUUUACCUUGGAAGUCAAGUUCUUUACGGUGCCCCGAUGAUCAUGUUGACGAUGCGGUUUCUGUGGAGGUCAGAACAGUUGAUGAGAAUUGCUGUCUGGAUCCUGGUCAGUCAAGUGACUUGUAUGUGGGUGAUCCUAGAAAUCAAGAAUAUGAUUUUCCGAGUCUGAUGCCUGAUUAUAUGUGCUUACCUUGGAAGUCAAGUUCUUUUCUGUGCCCUAAUGAUCAUGCUGACGAUGUGGAAUCUGUGGAGGUCAAAUCACCUAUUGCCGAGGAGAAGCAAAAUUUAACACCUGUACAUACUGAUGCAGAAUUAAACUCUUUGAAUUCUGACAUCUAUUCUUUUGAUUCCGACGACAUGUCUGUUCGUCAGAAGCAUUCGCCUUUAGUUCCCGUUGAUGUGGAUUCAGGAGUGAAGCUCUCUGAUCACAAGGAUGGUAUCAUGAGUGAGGCAUCAGAGGUUAGAAACCCCCAUUUAGCAGAAACCCGACAUCCUGAGAGGCUGCAUUCGGCACGAAAGGCCAUUUCUCCAAAUUCUCAGGAAAAGCUAUGUACGGCAAUGAAAUCUGGGGAUAUACUAGAUGACAUAGACCAAUACAAAUGCAAUGAGAAACUGAACUUUGGUGACCAAGCUGAGAACAAGUUUUCGACUACAAUAUCAGAUGUAGAUAACGAGCUAAACCUGCAUCCUCAACAGGGUAGACAACGCAUUCAGAACAAAGUUGUUAUUAGCUCUAAAGAUUUGCUUAAGAGACUACGGAGUAAUAAAAAAGGUUCCCCUCCCAAAAGUCUUCCACCUAAAAACUGUCUUGAUGGCCCCCGCCAAUGCCGUUCUCUACCUCGUUUUAGCACAGGUUGCACCUCCAUUGAAGGUUGUUCUGAGAGUGCUAUUGCGUUUUCUCAACGGCAAAUGCGUGACAUUGAAACUCUUGCGUCAAAGCUAAUGAGUGAGUUGAACUCCAUGAAGAAUAUUGUGCAAGACAAAUUGCUCUAUGAAGCAUAUCGUUCCACAUCCUUGAAAAAUGAGGCAGAUGAGGUGGCAUCAGCCAUUAAAAGUGCAACCAAAACUGAAGAAGCAGCAAAAAAAUGGUUAUCAAUGAUGGCUAGGGACUGCAAUCGUUUCUGUAAAAUCAUGAAACUGAACGAGGACACUGAGACCUCCGCUUCUAAUUCUACUUUGGGGAGCACAAAUCAGCAGAAGCCUCUUCAAAAAGAACGGAAGAAAAUCAGUUUUGCUGAUGAAGCUGGGGGUACGCUUUGCGAUAUCAAAGUUUAUCAGACAGAUCGAGUUAUAUUAGAGUAGAGAAACUGAAUGAGGACGCUAACACCUACGCUUUUAGCGAUCCUACUUUGGGGAGCACAAAUCAGGAGAAGCCUAAAAAAAGAGAACGGAAGAAAAUCAGUUUUCUAACGAAGCAGGUGGUACGCUUUGCGAUAUCAAAGUUUAUCAGACAGAUCGAGAUAUAUUAGAGUUCAAUUAGAGAUCGGUAUCAUCAAUGGCAUAACAAUCUUGUAAAAAGAAUUUAUACAGAAUGCUAUGCUCUUCACUGGCCAUAAAAUGUUGAGUGUCACCCAUUUAAUUCUUUUUUCUUUUCUAUCUGAUUUUCACCAUUGAACUAUUUUCGUAACAUAAAAGUGUUGGUU